AUGGCCACCGCUCCCGCCAUCAUCUGGCCCGCCAAAUACCUCCCCGGCACGACCGACAACUACGUCUCCAACGAGGUCAUCGUGAAGGGCAUCACAGCCGCAAGCGUCUGGGCCAACCUGGUCGACAUCACCAAAUGGGAGUCCUACUACUCCAACGUCUCCAACAUCACGCCUCCGGCAUCCGGCCCUUCCCUGGAGAAGGGUGACACGUUCAGCUUUUCCACCUUCGGCUUCCCGCCCCUCCAGUGCGAGACCUGGGAAUCGAUUGCCCCCGGAAACGGACAGCUUGUUGGACGCCUAGCCUGGCGCGCGUGGCAGGAUGGCGACAAGGCGUCGUAUCUGGACGUCUACCACGCUUGGCUGGUCGAGGAUCUGGGUGAUGGACGAGUCAGGAUUUUGACCCAGGAGUCGCAGAUUGGAGAGCCUGCGGCCGGUUUGGCGAGCCAGAGGCCCAAUCCGAUGUUGAAUGGUCACCAGGAGUGGCUGGAUGGGCUUGUCCGUGUUGCUCGGGGAAAUUAG